AUGGCAGCUCGUCUGAAGAGCACCAUCUGGCCCCAAGCCGGCGCCACAUCCAUUGAUGUGUCGCUCUCCACACCCACUGUAGCUAUGUCUUUGGCUUCUGAUGGAAGGACUAUUCAAGUCACUACAGGCGGUGAGAAGUCCUCAACAAAUUCCUACGACAUGGUCUUCAACACCACACCUCUAGGGCCUCUCCAGCAGAUGGAUCUCUCAGGUCUCAAUCUCGACCGUGACAUUCUCGACGGCAUUCGUGCCCUCAGCUACGACCGGGCUACCAAAGUGGCCAUCAACAUCAACAAGCGCUGGUGGACGGGUUUCUACCCCAAUGCCGACGCCAUACACCGCGGUGGCGGUGUAUCUAGCAGCGACUUGCCCCUCGGCUUCACUGUCUAUCCCUCCAACGUUCUCAUCGCCUCAUGCACCUGGGCCCAAGAUGCGUCCCGCAUGGCAGCCCUUGUCCCGGACUACACUGAUCCCUCAACACCAACACCAAGCUACACCGGCCCCAUCGCCGCAGUUUGCCUCGAGGGCCUGGUCAAACUCUGGGCAGGCCGACAGGAGGCUCCGACUUUGAAAGAUCUCCACGGUUACUACAUCACCCAUCACGCCUGGGCCUGGUCCCAUGACCCGUGCACCUGUGGUGCCUUUGCUCUCUUUGGACCGGGACGGUUCCAAAACAUAUACCCAAAGUUCCGAGAACUUCUCGCCAAUUCGUGGCUUGCCAUCUGA